AGAAUAGUUGAUAGCACAAAGUAAUAAAAAAAAGGAAUACUGAAAUCAUGAUUAAUACAAUAGACUUCACUACUUUUUGUGUAACAUAGUGGAUGUGUAAUGUAUUAAAUAAGGAAUGGAAACUAAACAGCAGUCCCGCACAGACCUGGAAAUAUUUGUCAUUUUAUUUGCAGGUCUGACGCUCAGAGGACGAGAUGCAUUCUUUUAAAUGGCCCCUCUUCUUUGUGUGGCUUUUCUUUAAAGUUGUUCAAACUGAAGCCUCGUCCUGGACCGUUCAGGUGCCAUCCUCAGUUAAAGGUCUCCCUGGAUCCUGUGUGGUGCUUCCCUGCACAUUUAACUACCCAGAUACAGACAAGAAUAUCACUAAAUUCACUGGGAUUUGGUUCAAAGACAGCGAUGAAAUCAUCUAUCACCCAGUUGAGUCUAAAAUCGUGCAACAGUAUCGGAGUCGGACGGCGCUGCUGGGAAACGUCACACAGAAGAACUGUUCCCUGAAGAUUGAUCCCCUGGAAGAAAAGGACCAAGGGCCUUUUUAUUUCAGGAUUGAAAUUGCAGAUUACAAUAACUUUUCUUUCAAAGAGAACAGAGUCUCUAUUUCAAUGACUGGUAAACUACAAAUCUCUGUGAAAGAGGAAGUAGUGGAGGGUCAGACUGAGGUGGCUUCCUGCUCUGUGUUUCCCUCCUGUCCCACCUCUCCUCCUGUCUUCAACUGGAGUCACUCUGGAGAGCAGAUCCAAUCACAGCAGUUUGACGAUGGCCAGUGGAAAGUAACAGCUAAUCUGACCUUUCGCCCUACCUAUGCUGACCACAACAAGCCUUUACUAUGCACCGUAACAUACAAGGGAGGGAGGAAACAGGAGGCAGCCAAGGUCCUCAAAGUAAAGCACGCCCCAGUGAAUGUGAAGGUUGAGUUCAAGGCAGAUGUAAAGGAGGGAGAGGCUGUGCAGCUGAAAUGCUCCAGUGAUGCUCAUCCUCCUGCCAGCAGCUAUGAGUGGCAUAAUGAAAAAGGUGCUCAGCUGCAUCGGGGAAACUACUACAUGUUGCCAAAUGUGUCCAGACACGUAGGUGCAUUGUACUGUACUGCCAUCAACACAGCAGGACGAGGCAAGUCGAGCCCUGUGCAGCUCAGUGUGUUAUAUGCCCCUGAGAUUAAGACCAUCUCGUCCUGCUCCUCAGAGGGGGGUAUGGUAAAGUGUAUAUGCAUUGUGGAGUCCAAGCCUCCCUGCAUGCUCCAUUUUGUGCUUUCGGACAGAGUCCUGCCAGGAACCAAGGUAGAGAAACAUGGCUCGGUUACCAUUGGGACUCUGCAGGGAGAGUUUGGAUCCUCUGAGAUCGUCCUCUGUCUGGCAAACAACACUGAGGGCAAUGCCAAACUCACACUCUCUUUACCUGUCAGCGGUAAGAUGCAGAAUCUCUAUAUUGCCAUCACCAUUGGAGCAGUGGUGGCUUUGGUGAUAGUUUUAGUAGCAAUGGGGUUUGUCAUAAAAUGUAGGGGGAAAUCUAGAGACACGCCAGUACAUUACAUGAGAGACGCAACAGCAAACAGAGACGCAGAGCUCUCUCAGAAUGCUAAGACAAAAAGUAAAGCGAAUGACUACAAUGUUGCACAGAGCCCUGGACAUCAUGACAAUGAUCAUGUAUAUGGCAACAUGGAGACUGACUGGGAUGAUGCUCUAUACGCCAAUAUGUAACAUGGUUGAAUUCACUGGAAGUGUGGCUGAAGUCUCUCUACGUGUUGUCCAGAUGAUGUGGAUCAAGAAAUUUGCAAAAAAAAAGAAAUACGGAAUUAGUGCUAUUUUCUGUGGGUAUUACAUAAGUAUUAUUAUUCAGUAUCCUGUAUUUCACAUAUUACAAACUGGUUGUUCAUGUGUUCUUUUUUAUGCCUCUGCGCCGGCGACAGCAAGAGCCGGCGGGUUGUCCAUCCGUCCGGAUGUACGUACGUCCCAUUCUUGUGUAUACAUAUCUCAGAAACACCUUGAUGGCAUUUCUUUCAAAUUUGGCACAAACAUUCACUAGGACUCAAGGAAGAACUGAGUAGAUUUCAGGGGUCAAAGGUCAAGGGCAUGGUGACCUCACAAAACAUGAUUUUAGCCUUGUAAACGCAAUAUUUCUUCAAGGGAAUCCCUUCAAAUUUUGCACAAAUGUCCAUUUGGACUCAAGGACAAACUGAUUAGCCUUUGGUGGUCAAAGGUCAAGGUCACAGUGACCACAUAAAACACUUCUUUAGCAAACAGAAAUUAUGACAAAAUUUCAAACAAAUCAUUAAUACUUUAUGACUAUGGAUAAACAGGACCAUAAUCUGAAACCAGUCUGCGUGGCGGAGGCAUAAAACCGCGAGGCAGUAAUUAGUGCCACGGGUGCUCAGCUCCGAGGCAUCUAUUAAUAUUCUGUUUCGGGUUUAUUAUUCUUCCGCCAAAUUUCGGCGCGUAACUUGUCCCGCAGCUUUGAGAAAACCCCGGUAAUAUAUACAUCAAAACGUGCGUCUUGAUCCUGAAAGGGGUGCUAUGACUUUUGGUGUUAAAAUUCCAAUUUUUCCCAAAGUUAUUCCCAAAAAACUGGGAAUAAAUAAUGCAUUAGAAAUGCAUUGGAAUUUUCUUUAGAAACCCACCUUUUUUCUACAAAAUUGCACCUUUUUUCUGAGUCACCCAGCUCUCUCAUACCUGCACGUAGAAAUGUGAUUCAAACUAUAAAACGGAGGAAAACUUAUGCUCUCUCAAAAAGACAGGAACUGUUUUUACAUAACAUGUAAACUUUUCAAACUGUGAGCACUCAAAGGAGGAGUGCAAAUCACUUUUUCUUCAAAGUUAGAGUGACAGCGUCAGUUGGCUAGAGUGCGUGAAGCAGUAAAAAAUAACCUUUAUUUUUAUUUUUAACUCAAGCUCGCGGCCAAACCGUAAAAAGGAGACAAAUGAUUCUUUCUGAAAAUGUAGACAUAGUUGUUGGGAUUCAUAAAAUGUAACUUUGACAGGCAGGGUCUGCACAAAAUUUAAACGGGGGUGCCGAGUCCGGCAGCAAUACCUGUCUCACUCUCAUUGACACCUAAUGUAAUCGUCUUUUUUUUUUCAAAAGAAUCUCACUCUGUCUUCGCACUGAGCUUCCUCACUCAUUUUAAGGAAUAUCUGAAUAAAAUAGAGACUGUAGAAACUUCUGGCUUCAGUGUCUGGCACGGUCUUUUCGGUUUAUGAAAAGAAGUAACGGUUUUCUCAUAAUUUGCAGUUGUUUGAAGCCAUGUAGAAGCCAAAUUCUGGGCAGAUUUUCACAUUGCCAUGGCAACGGCAGCUCCUGACCUGUGUGCGUGCGUGCGUGCGUGCGCCUAGCAACCAGAUAACCAACUCUCCAAGCUCUGCUAGCUUUACAUUAGCCGCAUGUUAGGUCUUAAAUUACAUUUAGUUAGGUCUUAAAUAUGUAAGUCCAUUUACUGCUUCCUUCGUUGCUUUUUUUUUUGUUUUGUUAAAAGAGUGAAUGAAGUUGUGACGGUCUCCGCUGAGACAGAGGAGAGGAGAAGCUACUAGCCCUCUCUCGCUGUCACUUCUAGUCGCGUUGCUCUCCUCCCCAGUAAUGUUAAAUUUAGCACAGAAAAAAACAUAAUAGUGGUAAUUUAAAUAGCGGUUCAUGGGAUUUAUUAACCCUCAGGGGUCCCUCUGUCCUUUUUUGGACAUUUUCUUUACUUUUCUUUUUUGAUUUGCUGAUCAUUUUGGCUGUGUUACAGCUGAAGGUAUGGAUUUCUGCAAGAAAGUGUCUUUUUUGACAUAUUUUUAAAAUCUAAUGUCAGUUACUGUUACAGGUCUAUUAUACACUGGUAACACAUUUUGUACCCUCUGGGGUUCCUCGCGUCCAAAAAAGGACACACAAAGAAAAUGCUAUAAAAUCAUCAUAUAUCAAUAUUUUUUUCUGCUUUUUUUGCAUAAAUCUCUUAAACCACUUCAGUUCUGCUCAAACCUACCAAAUGUUUAUUAGUUUUCAGGAUUUUAACCCUUUAAAUGCCAGUUUGAAGACAUGUUGCCUCUUGUUUUAUUAAAAAAAACAACACAGAAUAUGAGAUAUUUCCCACAUAAUACAUGAUGGAGGGAUGUGACAUUGUUUUAUAUCAGAGUCUUUUAUAUCAAGACAUUUCUCAAAACCAGAAUAUGAUCAGGGUGACUUUUGAACACUGGAAAUAAAUCAUGUACUCAUCCCGGCAGUAGCCCCCGUGGCACUCAAAAUUUCCCUGGAAUUUUCUAGUUCUAGUUAGUUCUAGUGUGCUUGUGUUUGCAGUUAGUUUCUCUUGUCCAGAACUUUUCCUGUCUGCUUGUCUGAUCAACAAUAAUACUGUGUGUAAAGGACUAUAACAAUACUGCUUAUUGUGACAAAUGACUAUUAAACUACU